UUUGAAAUUUCUGUCAAACUCACGUAUGAAACUUUAUCGAAAAAAACUUCAGUCGUGUACAACAACUGCUAACAUCAGUAAAAUUUCUUGUGAUUUCUACACAGACAACCAUCAUAAUGGCUAAUAGAAAAAAUCGAAUGCUCUGUGAAUUCAAGAGUAGAUGCAUAUUUUGCGGUGAUUUUAAAAAAAGACAGCCGUUGCCUCGAUGCAAAGCAAAGAUGAUUACACCCAAGUUCAGGAAGCCCCGAUGCAAGACCGCUUUUAAAGCAACCUCCAUGAAGGGCCGUGGUCGCAAACUUAAAACCAAGGCCCAGUGCACUCAAGACCGGAAGGAACUUUUAAGGCAGAUAGCGAUAAUUAAUAAGGAUUCGGCGGCACCAUAUCGACGGGAUUUCAAGAAAAUAUUACUUAGGGAGAUGGAACGAAUGGGGAGACAACCGACCGAGAAAUUCAAAAAGGCAGCCAACAAAGGCAUCGCACCUUUCAGGAAACAUACCAAAAUUCAAGUAAACUUCGACUCUAAGGAUGAUCUUUUACCUGAUAGCUCUGGACCAAGCUCUGUACGCCAAGAGAAAUCACAAGGAAAAAUUUCUAAGGAAAAUAUGAGCAAAAAUUCCAUGGAAAUUGACUCAAACUCGAGUCAAAUUUCAAAGAAUGUGACUGAUGAUGUAUCCUAUUUUCAAAAUAUUCUCGAAAAAAUGAAAUCUUUAGCACAUCUUUCGGCAAAGAAUUCUGUAUCCACUACAAGCCCCUCCCCCAAACCAACCCAAUCUUCCUUGGAAACAUGCUGCACCGACAAGGACGAUUCUGAAAAAUCCAUGUCCUGCGUUGUUUCUCCAAAGACGUCCUCUGUAAAUAUAGAUUCGGAGGAAAAGACAGUACGUUCGACAUACUAUCUGUACCCCAAUCAGAACAAGGACGACUUUAUUUCUGUGGAAGAGAAACCGGGAGAAGAGGGAAUGGAAAGGAUUUUUGAAGCUCGUCCCAGUAGUAAAGAAAUGAACGAAUUAUUGGAGUGUUUCAAGGCAGCAGUCCAACAACUAUCGCAAGAUUCAAAACAAAAUUAUAAAAUGUAUUUUAAAACUGAAGAUUAA